AUGGGCGCGGGAGAGGAGAGGGACAAGUACAACUCGCAGGCGAAGGAGGACGACGCGCGGCAGUACGGCGUGUGGGGCGUGGACGGGAUCCGACAGCGGUCCGCGUCCUUCGCGAAGAUGGAGGAGGACUGGGAACAGACGGUACGCGCAUCGCCGCAACGGCCGUCCCAAUCGAAGCACGACCGCGACCGCGACGUGGUGGACAUCCGGCACUUGGGCGGAGCCGACGCGCAGGUGGCCAAGAGAAGCGACCGGUUCUGGAAGCGGGAGUGGUUCCACGACCCAGCGCGCGAUGGCACCCGCAUGGGGUACCACGCCGACGGGAUCCGCCAAAAGUCUGCGUCGUUCGCGGCCAUGACCGCCGACUGGGAAGACGCGGUCAGCCAGGUGUGGAUCAACGCCGGCGCCACCGAGGUGGCCACGCAGCGUUUGCUCAUCCUCGGCGCCAAAUGGCAGAAGGGGGCGCUCGGAGAGAUUUACCGCGACCCGGAGGCUGUCUCCGUCAUGGUCCGAUCGUUGGAGUCCCUCCUGCCGGGCGCGAACCCCGCGGCGGUGUUCCACGGAUGCCCCGAGGCGGCGCUCGUGUGCGUGGACAGGAACGCCCUCUCCGCGCAGCUCGUCGCGCUCAGGACCGGCGUGGGGAUCGCUCGUUUCGACCUCGCGAGAGUCGUGACGCAUUCGCCGUCGCUGCUGCUCGUGCGCGACGCGGAGAGGGAAUGCGCGGAGAGCGCCGCGGCGCUCCGAGCCACCUUCCUCGGAACGCUCCUUGGGGACGAGGGCGUCGCCGCGGCGAUCGAGGUGUGCCCGGCGCUGUUGGAGGCGCCCGCGGAGGACGUCGUCGGCGCGUUCGAGGGGUUCAGGGACGACGUCGGCGAGAAACUGGCCAACGUCGGGGGCGCGUCGUUUCGACUGGCGCUGGAUCGACACGACGCGGGCGCCGGCUGUGUCGGCCCGUCUAGCGUCGGCGGCCUCAUCGGCGAGAUGGCGGACGGGGACAAGAAGGAGGCGGCGAGGGAGACGGGGAUGAGACACGCGGUGGACUACGCGGGUCGCGUGGCGGAGCCGUACCUGCGACGGGCCAAGGUUGCGCGGGAAAAGGCGCGGCCGAGGUGA